AUGGCCGCUGCCGGCCCAGUGGGUGCAGGCCUGGCUGCCAGCCCUGGCAUCCGGAAGAGUUUGCCUGUGAGUGGACGUGCCCAUGCCCUGUGGGCACUUGGUAGCUGGACUGCAGACUUGUGCAUGCACCGCUGUGCCGUGCGCACCUCUGUGUUGGCUGCAGUUCCAACCCAUGUCCGCACGGCCUGCUCUGUUGCACCUGACAACUGCCAAGGAGAUCCUGUCCCCGAUCCCGCCCGCUCAGAGCCGUCCCCUCUUCCUGCUUGUUUGCUGAAGGUCAAGGGGGACAGCUCUGUGGGCUGUGGCAGCCUUGCUGUGCCGGUGUGGACCACAGGCUUCCUCUUGGUGGAGGUGGAAGCCAAGGGCAAGGCCAAGGGCGGGGUCUCCCAAGCCCUCCUCCUCCUCUCGGUGGAGUCAGGAGUCCCGCAGGUUUCUUCCAAUAGUUCCUCUAGGUUCCUGGAUAACUCCUGUGGGCACGCCCUUCCCUGGCACUCAUGUCUGUGGCCCGGGCGCCCGGGGGCCCCCGCGCGGGUCACCCGGGGCCCGCCGAGCCCGCCCCGCGGCCGCCCGGACGGCGCGGCUCCCGCGCCCCGCGCCCCGGCUCCGGGCCGGGGGCGCCCCGCGCGGGCGGCGGCGGCGGGGGCCUCGCGGGCGCAGGUCUCGCUGGUCAGCUCCUCGUUCGUGCUCAAGGGGGACGCGACGCACAACCAGGCGAUGGUGCACUGGACCGGGGAGAGCAGCGGCGUGAUCUUGAUCCUGACGAAGUACUACCACGCAGACAUGGGGAAGGUUCUGGAAAGUUCUCUGUGGCGGUCCUCGGACUUUGGGACGUCCUACACCAAGCUCACCCUCCAGCCCGGCGUCACCACGGUCAUCGACAACUUCUACAUCUGCCCGAGCAACAAGCGCAAGCUUAUCCUCGUGAGCUCUUCCCUGAGCGCCCGGGAGCAGAGCCUGUUCCUCAGCACAGAUGAGGGUGCCAGCUUCCAGAGGCAGCCCAUCCCCUUCCUCGUGGAGACCCUCAUCUUCCACCCCAAGCAGGAAGACAAGGUCCUUGCCUACACCAAGGAGAGCAAGCUCUACGUGUCCUCCGACCUGGGGAAGAAGUGGACACUUCUGCAGGAGCGUGUGACCAAAGACCGCGUGUUCUGGGCUGUGUCCGGCGUGGACGCCGACCCCAACUUGGUGCACAUGGAGGCGCAGGACCUGGGUGGAG